UUCUUAAAUCCUGUUUGCUCAGACACCCUCGGAUUAAGAUUAGUGUCUGUGCUCAGUGGGGGCGGAGCCAACCCCGCCCCCUGACCUCAGAGUGUGUGCGUGUGAUUAGGGUGGAUUUAGACGUAGGCUGGCAGCAGUCGAAGAUGGAGAGCAGCUCUGUGAGACGGGCGUCUCUCUGACGCCACGAGGAGAGCCGGACUCUGUCAGUGACAUCAUCACCGGGUCACGACCUUCCUAUGGUGCCCUGCGGCGUCCGGGGGUUGCCAUGGGAGACGAGUCCUACCCAGAAUGCCGAGCCCAGGAGCUGUUUGACGAGUUUGUGUCGGCGUCGACCUGCAGGGCGGCGCUGUUGUCCUUCGGUCAGCUGUGUGAACACCUCGGGCUGGACCGCAGCGCCGCCGCCACCGAGAGGCCGCUGUACCGGACGAUCAAACAACGGCUCAACUACUGGAGGGCCAACGCGCUGUGGGCCAAACUGGACCGGAGGGCCGCACAGCCGGAGUACAUGAGGAACCGCGCCUGCUCCGACGCCACCGUCGUGGUCAUAGGGGCGGGGCCGUGUGGUCUGAGGAUGGCGGUGGAGCUGGGGUUCAUGGGGGCUCGGGUGGUGCUGCUGGAGAAGAGGGACUCGUUCUCCAGGAACAACGUGCUCCACCUGUGGCCCUUCACCAUCCAUGACCUGCGGGGCCUCGGCGCCAAAAAGUUCUACGGGAAGUUCUGCGCCAGCUCCAUCGACCACAUCAGUAUCCGUCAGCUGCAGCUGGUGCUGUUGAAGGUGGCGUUGCUGCUCGGGGUCGAGGUUCAUGUGAACGUGGCGUUCAGGAAGCUGGUGGAGCCGCCUGAAGAGCAGCACAGACACAAGGUUGGCUGGAGGAUGGAGGUGAGUCCGAGGUGUGAUCCUCUGAAUCAGCUGGAGUUUGAUGUGAUCGUUGGAGCAGACGGACGCAGGAACACUCUGCCAGGUUUCCGGCGUAAGGAGUUCAGGGGGAAGUUGGCGAUCGCCAUCACCGCCAACUUUAAAAACAGGAACACGACGGCUGAGGCCAAAGUAGAGGAGAUCAGCGGAGUGGCCUUCAUCUUCAACCAGAGGUUCUUCCAGGAACUACGACAGGAAACAGGGAUCGACCUGGAAAACAUCGUUUACUACAAAGACGACACGCACUACUUCGUGAUGACGGCAAAGAAACAGAGUCUGCUCGACAAAGGAGUCAUACUGCAGGACUUUGCGGACACCGAGCAGCUUCUCUCUCGGGGGAACGUGGACCAGAAUGCAUUGCAGGCGUACGCCCGAGAAGCCGCUGACUUCUCCACCAACCACCAGCUUCCUUCUCUCGACUUCGCCAUGAAUCACUACGGUCAGCCUGACGUUGCCAUGUUCGACUUCACCUGCAUGUACGCCUCCGAGAACGCCGCCAUGGUCCGCCAGCGCCACGGACACCAGCUGCUCAUCACGCUAGUGGGAGACAGUCUGCUGGAGCCCUUCUGGCCCAUGGGCACAGGUAUAGCUCGGGGUUUUCUGUCAGCGUUGGAUUCGGCCUGGAUGAUCAGGAGUUGGUCUCAGGGCGGAGCUGCAGUGGACGUGUUGGCAGACAGAGAGACCGUUUACCGUCUCCUCCCCCAGACGACUCCUGAGAACAUGCAGAAGAACUUUAGUUUUUUCACAGUCGAUCCAUCAACACGAUACCUGAACAUCAACACACACCUCAUCACACCUGCUCAGGUGAGACACCUGGUGGACACGGGCGAGGACACACUGCAAACAACACACAGUGAUGUCAUCCACCGAUCCUCACCUGGACUCAUCAGACAGAAUUCUGUCUCUCAGUCCAAUAAUUUGCUGACUUGGUGCCAGGAGCAGACUCGUGGUUACCAUGGCGUUGCCGUCAGUGACCUGACUACUUCCUGGAAGAGCGGCCUUGCUCUUUGCGCUCUGAUUCAUCGAUACAGACCUGAUCUCAUUGACUUCAACUCUUUGGACGAGUCACUGGUGGAGGAGAACACUCGUCUGGGCUUUGACGUGGCAGAGCGAGAAUUUGGUAUUCCUCCUCUGAUGACGGUGGAGGAGAUGUCUUCACUCGGAGAGCCGGACUCUCUCUCCAUGGUCAUGUACCUGAUUCAGUUCUACCAGCUGCUCAAAGACACAGCGCCUCCUGUUGGUGGUCUGAGUCAGAUUCCUGACCUGAAAUCAGCCCUCAUCACUCCGGCCUCGCUGCUCAGCAGACUGGGACUCAGCCCGUCCAGGAAGAGAAACCCGAAGGACCACAAAGAGGAUCGCGGUAAACGGAGGAGGACGAGUCGAGAGCAGCUGGAGGCAUUAGAACUGUAUGGUGAUGAAGACAGCCUGGUGCAUGAUGUGGGCGGGGCCAGUCAGUCCAAAGUACGCCUGAUGGCCAAUCAGCUGCAAGCAAAAAUUGAAGAAAGCUCGACUUCCUGCAGGACUUCUUCUUCUUCUGCUGCUGCAGCAAUACGUCGACAGCAGGAGGAGCUGGUUUCCAGCCUCCCAUCCCGUCCUGAGUCUCCAGACUGUCCCCCUGACGCAGCUCCGAUUCAAACGUUGUCAUGGAGACCGAGGAAACGGACUCUUCAACAGGAACAGUUGAGUUUUCGAUUCAAAGAGAAGAUCAGGUCUCAGUCUGUCCUCGACAACCAGGAGCAGUGUCUGCAGAUGUACACUGGGGGAGUGAGCUCAUUGGCUGAGCAGAUAACCAAUCGAAUUCAAGGUCAGGAGGAUGUGAGCUCGUCCUCAGGUCACUGUUUCUUCUGUAAGGACCGGGUCUAUCUGAUGGAGCGUCUCAGUGCGGAGGGUUUGUUUUUCCAUCGCAGCUGUUUCCAGUGCUACACCUGCAGCUCCUCCCUCAGACUGUCUGCCUACACCUUCGACCGGAGCACAGGGAGGUUUUACUGCGUGCAGCACUCUGACUCUGAUCCGACUGUGAGGAGGAGGAGGACUGACAGAUCGGCUUCACUGCAAACCUCCACUGUGUCUCUAAGCUCCGCCCCCUCCCUCUCCUCUGCAGACUCUCUGGUCUCUGCCGGUCGUCGUCGCUCCUCAGUGGUUUCUGUGAAGACGGCCACGCCCGAGAGGAUCGAGCUGGAAAACUACCGUCGCAGCUCGACUAAGGAGGCGGGGCUUCUGGAGGAGGAGGGGGAGGAGCCGGAGGAGGUUUCUGAAGAGAUGCUGAACCGCUUUAAUCUGGACCUGGACCAGGAGGAGAACCACAAGUCCAGUUCGGAGUCAGAGAUGGAGGUUGAGGAGGAAGAAGAAGAGGUUGGAGCAUCAAGGAUGGAAACUCUACAGCUACACCUGGGUCAUGAGGAGGAGGAGGAGGAGGAGGAGGAGGAGGAGGAGGAGGCGGAGCCAGAGGAAGAGGAUGGAGACGGCGAGAUGGAGUCCAGUGAUGAGGGGGAGUACAGCCCCUGGGCCAUGGAGCGACGGUCAGGUGUGUGGCUCCUGAUGGAGGAGGACACAGCAGAAGCUGGAGGUGACAUCACUCCCUCAGACACACCUGUGGAGCCCGACUCCACCUCGAGCCCUCUGCCCUGUGUCGACCCCUCCCCGACUCCCUCUAAGCCCCGCCCCCACGUCUUCACGCCCUCCACCGCCUCCUUCGUAUCCGAGCCUGACUCCACCCACAAUGACAGCGACACUGCUCCGCCCACAUGGACCACGCCUGAGUUUGUCAUGGAAACAGCAUGUCAGAAACAAGCCUCCUGGCUCCCAGAUAAAGGGCGGGGCUCAUUUGAUGACAUCAGCCCUGAAAUGCCUCCAAUUAAGCCCCUCCUCCUGAAGGACAAAUGGGAGGAGCCAGAAGAGGAGGAGUUUGAGCAAAAGGAGGAGGAGGGGGAAUCUGACGGAAGAAGGAGGAGACACAGAGGAGCCCACACCCUCCCCCCUCGCCUCCACCCUCCCCCUCUGGCUGGGGGAGGGGCUUUCCUCCUUCAGCUGAAGGGACUUAGAGAGGCUCCGCCCUCUGGGCUCUUUGAUGUGGAAGGAGGCGGGGCCAGAUCUCUGUGGAGGGCAGUUUUCCCUGGAAACAGGAAGGAGAAGAGGAAGAAGAAGAAGAAGAUGGGCGGGAGCUUACCUGCAGAGAGGACGAAGAAGGACGAGACCAACAAGAGGAGAGUGAAAGGUGUGAGAGGAUGCCUGACGGAGGAGGAGUCAUCUGACCUGCUGCACACACGAAACAACCUGCAGAAGGAGCUGUUAGACCUCGCAGCUAAAAUUCAAAGAGCCAGUCUGAACGAGGGGGACGAUGAAGACAAGGAGCCUGCGUACGUCCCUCACGCUCUGGCUUUCAAACGAGCGUACGCCAUCAAGAGACGCUCUCAGAGAGGCUCCGCCCCCCUCCAGGACUCCGACGGACGGUCCUCGUGUCCCACCGAGGUGGUCGGCAUUCUGGUGGAGGCCAAGGAGCCGUCGAGUCUGAGCGUGAAGGAGACCAUGUUCCAGAGGGGACAGGAGGAGGAGGACGAAGACCUGGACGCCAAAAUCACCCGGCGGGUCCAGAGAGCUGCGAGACGGACGGCCAAACAGGAAGAGCUGAAGAGACUCCACAAAGCCCAGAUGAUCCAGAGGCAGCUGCAGCAGGUGGAGGAGAAGCAGAGACAGCUGGAGGAGAGAGGAGUGAUAGUGGAGAAAGCUCUGAGAGGAGAAGCAGAUUAUUGGGAAGAUGACAACAGCCCAGACAUCGAGCUUCACCUGGAAGGUCUGGGUAAACUGGAUAACACGGUUCUGAUGAAGACCUGGUUCCAGCUGGUGCAGCAGAAAAACUCUCUGAUUAGAUACGAGUCUGAACUCGUCAUACUGGCUCGGGAGCUGGAGCUGGAAGACCGCCAGAGUCGACUGCAGCAGGAGCUCAGAGAGAGGAUGGCCGUGGAGGACCACCUGAAGGGCGCGUGUCAGCUGGUGGAGGAGCGUCUGAUCCUCGAGGAGAUGUUGGAGGUGGUGGAGCAGAGAGACUCUCUGGUGUCCCUGCUGGAGGAGCAGAGACUGCAGGAGCGACAGGAAGACCGCGACCUGGAGGAGAUCAUGAUGACGCGACCGCUUGGACUCAGCUGGACCUGAACCCGUCACAGCAACCACCAGACCUGAACCCGUCACAGCAACCACCAGACCUGAACCCGUCACAGCGACCACCAGACCUGAACCCGUCACAGCGACCACCAGACCUGAACCCGUCACAGCAACCACCAGACCUGAACCCGUCACAGCGACCACCAGACCUGAACCCGUCACAGCGACCACCAGACCUGAACCUUUUCGAGUCACAGCGACCACCGUAACAUAUUAAAAAAGUUUAAACCAUUUAAAAAAAAACUCUCUCCACUAAAUCCCGCCCCCACCAAAUGAUGAUCCAGACAUGACACCGACUGUUGUCAUGGAAACGGUCUGUUCCACUCAGCUGGUGUUGUCAGACUCAAGAGGACAGAAACACUCGACAGACGAUCCAAUAUACAUCCAGAAAGUUCACAGUUAGAAAAUUAAUAAUCCUAACUGGAUCUAACCCAGUGUAACCAGUUUAAUCACAGAGUUCAAGUCAAACCAAUAAGUUUAAGUGUGACUAGUUAGCAGAGUAACUAGCAGUGUUAUCAUCUCAUAUUUUAACUUUAUGGUCAUAAAAACAGAAGUUUAAUUUGUAACAGUUAGUUAGUUUUUUUACAUUGUGCCAAAUGUUACUGAUCAGCCUUUGUUUACCUGAUCAGCUGAUCAACAGGUGUUGUUAAAGCUGAUGCGGUCAAAGAGUCAUGUGACUGAUCAGCUGAUUAUUAAUUUAAGUGCAAGAUAAACAGCCUUUAAACUAAAAUCUGACUUUUUAAUCUUCUUUAAUAAAAUAUUCACACCUCAA